AUGGCGGAGGAGAUUGGCCAGCUAAAGGCGCUCAUUGACCAACUGCAAGCUGAGAACCAACGGCUGCGACAAGGUCAAGAUGGAAGCCAGGCGGGGCCGAGUGAUUCGACUGCUGCAGGUUCUUCAGGGUACGGACCAUCCACAGUCACAACUCCACCGAUAGAGAGACUGAUUUACCUUCCCAGAGAGAGAAGGUGCCCUGUAUUCAGGGGCAGAACUGGUCUUGGGCUGGCCGAGUGGGUCGAAGAGGUCCAAGCAUGCUUUCGUUCUAGGCAUCUGUCUUCCAUUGAGAAAGCAUUCUUCCUGUAUGACCACUUGGAAGGAGAGGCUCGAGAUGAGAUCCGUUACCGACCUCGUGAGGAGCGAGAGGACCCUGAAAAGGUUCUCUCUAUUUUGCAGGAACUAUAUGGGUGUACCAGGUCUUAUGUGUCUCUGCAGGAGGACUUCUUUUCCAGGAAACAAUUAGAUGGUGAAACACUACAAGAGUUUUCACAUGCUCUAAUGUGUUUAAUGGAGAGGGUUGCCCAAAAGGCCCCAAUUGGUCUCUUAAACAAAGAUGUGAUGCUUAGAGAUCAAUUUGUCGAGUAUGUGUUUGAUUGCUUUCUCCGCAGAGAAUUGAAGCAGUAUGUCCGUGCACACCCUGACGCCACCCUAAUAGAUGUUCGCACGGAGGCUAUAAGGUGGGAGCAGGAAGGCAUGCCGGGAGGGGGGAGAGGUAGAAGUAAUUCUGUUCCUGCUGCUUUAGGCUUCCAGCACACGGUGCAGAAGUAUCAGACUAGUCCUAGCCACCUGUACCAACCAUCAGGAGCAGGAAAACUGUCACCCCCUGAACUGCUGAGCCAAAGUUCAGGUGGGGUCUUUCCAGGCUCAGAAUUCCCUGCUGUUCCUGACGGGUUAGUGUCAGCAUGUCCCUGGUUGACCGUACUUAUGGGUGGGGUUCAGGUUCCUUGUUUGGUGGACACAGGGUCAAUGGUGUCUACAAUAACUGAAAGUUUCUUUGAAAAGAACUUUGCACCCUGGGGCUCAGAUAAGCUCCGUACCUGUAACUGGUUGAGGUUGACUGCUGCUAAUGGGCUUGCAAUACCCUAUAUUGGCUACUUUGAACUAGAUGUGCUGCUCUGUGGUAAAGCGGUAGCCAAGCGAGGGGUGUUGGUGGUUAAAGAUUCUAAAAAUGGUGCCCCUGCUGUCCCAGGGGUAUUGGGGAUGAACAUCAUCAAAAAAUGUUACCAUGAGCUUUUUGUUGAACAUGGCUCAGCUCUUUUUGAGGCAACUAAUGUGUCACAGGCUCCAGUCCCCAUUCGGCAAGCUCUCCAGCAGUGUCACCAGGCUAAAGUUAAUGCCCAACCAGAUUAUUCAGGCAGAGUAAAGGUUAAAGGGGGGAGGGUUUGCAGAAUACCUGGAGGCACUUUAAAAAUUGUAAGUGCUUCCUGUCACAAGCACUAUACAGUGGAUGAGGUCUUGUUUGAACCCCUGACCACAGGUUUGCCUCUUGGGCUCUUAGCGUCCCCAGCGCUGGUACGGGUUAGCCGAGGUACAGCUUAUAUCCCCAUUGUUAAUGUAGGGACGCAAGAUGUUGUGCUAUACCCUCGUACUGUACUUGGUACCAUUAGCACUGCCUAUCUGGUGAGCUCCCCAGCUGGCCUUGUAGAGGGUGAUGGUCUUGUAGAGAGGGAUGCUCCUGCCACUGUCGCUUCUCAUGCAGCCCAUACCUCUGUGAGGGACCAAAUUGAUGCAGUGGAUUUAACAGCCCUUGGAGGGCAGGAGCAAAAGCAGGUUAGAUCUUUGUUGCAAAAAUUCCAGAGUGUGUUUUCAACACAUGAAGGCGACAUAGGCUGUACUAACCUUAUAUCCCAUGAUAUCCCUUUAGUGGAUGAAGUGCCAGUACGCCAGCGGUUUAGACGGAUUCCCCCUUCAGAAUAUGAAGCAGCAAAGGCCCAUAUUCGCCAGCUUCUUGAAACACAGGUAAUCAGGGAGAGUAGUAGCCCCUACGCCUCUCCCAUAGUGUUAGUCAAAAAGAAAGAUGGCAGCCUCCGCUUAUGUGUGGAUUAUCGCCUCUUGAACAGCAAAACGCGGAAGGAUGCAUUUCCCUUACCACGCAUCGAAGAGUCACUUGAUGCGUUGUCUGGAGCCAAGUGGUUCUCUACUUUGGAUUUAGCUGCUGGGUAUAAUCAAGUACCUGUCACUGAGAAAGACAAAGCGAAGACUGCUUUCUGCACACCAUUUGGACUUUUUGAAUGGAACAGGAUGCCCUUUGGGCUGUGCAAUGCUCCAAGUACUUUUCAAAGAUUGAUGGAGAGAAUCUUUGGAGACCAACAUGGCCAGUCUCUAUUAUUGUACCUGGAUGAUGUUGUUGUUUUCUCUUCUACUGUAGAGGAACAUAUGAACCGGUUGGAUGCUGUUCUGGGUCGUCUGCAGAAAGAGGGUCUCAAGGCCAAGUUGGAGAAAUGCUCCUUUUUCAAAACAGAGGUGAGCUACCUGGGUCAUGUCAUUUCGCAGGAUGGUGUGUCAACAGACCCAGGCAAGAUUGAGGCGGUGUCUAAGUGGGAAAGGCCAACCUCUGUGCCAGAGCUGCGUUCCUUCCUAGGGUUUGCCAGUUAUUACCGGCGAUUCAUUAAAGGAUUUGCCAAGAUUGCAGCUCCGCUGCACCGCCUGGUAGCUGAACAGACUGUUGGCAAGUCUCGCAAGCCCACAAAGAUGCCCCUUGCUGCAGUAUGGACAGAUGAGUGUGAACACAGUUUUGAAGAUCUGAAAACGAAAUUGGCGUCAGCUCCUGUCUUGGCCUAUGCUAACUUUGCUCUGCCUUUUAUUCUGGAAGUAGAUGCCAGCUAUGAUGGACUUGGUGCGGUACUUUCUCAAGAACAGGAUGGUAAGAUCCGACCUGUAGCCUAUGCAAGUCGUGGCCUUAGACCUACAGAGCGCAAUAUGAACAACUAUAGUGCAAUGAAGCUGGAGUUUCUUGCCCUUAAAUGGGCCAUGACCGAGAAAUUUAGGGAUUAUUUGUUGGGACAGAAGUGUGUGGUUUUUACUGACAAUAAUCCCCUCAGUCACCUUUUAACAGCAAAGCUUGGUGCGACUGAACAGCGGUGGGCUGCACAGCUGGCUACAUUUGACUUUGCCAUCAAAUACAGGCCUGGCAGAAAUAACAGAAAUGCUGACGCCCUCUCCCGACAACAUCCAGCCCCGGCAAGUACAUCAGACCUUGUUAGCUCUGGUCUGCAAGUUCCAGAAGCUUUGCAUCAAGCAGUUGAGGUGCAGAAAAGUGAAGCUACUCAAAUUGGUAUAUCUGCAUUUCCAUGUCAUACUCUGUCAGAUUUGUGUGCAUUGCAGGAAGCUGAUCCUUCUAUCAACAAGUUCCUGACAUUCUGGUCCAGAAAGCAAGGCCCUGAUGCAACAGAACGUCGCCAUAUAACCAAGGAGGUUUUGAUCUUAAUUCGACAGUGGGAUCGAAUUGUGGAGAAAGGCGGGGUGCUUUAUCGUCGUGUGUGCAACCCUGAUGGAGAAGAGAAUCUGCAGCUGGUUCUUCCUGCGUCCCUUCAGAAGCAGGUACUGCAGCAGUUGCAUGAUGAACAUGGACAUCAGGGUGUAGAACGAACAACUGGCUUAGUCCGUCAGCGCUGCUACUGGCCUGGAAUGCAUCAUGACAUAAAGCAGUGGUGCCAGAACUGUGAACGUUGCCAGGUGGCUAAAGAUAUUCACCCUGCUACACGUACCUACAUGGGCCAUCUACUUGCAUCCCGGCCAAAUCAAAUUCUGGCUAUUGAUUUUACCACCUUGGAGCCAGCAAGAAAUGGGAUGGAAAAUGUUUUGAUAAUGACUGAUGUUUUUUCCAAAUUCACGCAGGCAGUUCCAACUUCUGACCAAACUGCUGUUACUGUUGCCAAGGUUCUGGUAAAUGAGUGGUUUUGUAAGUUUGGUGUACCGGGCCGGGUCCAUUCGGAUCAGGGCCGGAAUUUUGAGAGUCACCUUAUUCAACAACUGUGCCAGAUGUAUGGAAUACAAAAGAGUCGGACUACCCCUUACCAUCCCGCUGGUAAUGGACAGUGUGAAAGGUUUAACAGGACUCUGCAUAACCUUCUUCGCACACUACCGGUCACCAAAAAGAGGGACUGGUCAUGUUAUCUUGCAUCACUUACCUUCUCAUAUAAUACUACUGCACAUCAGUCCACAGGAGAGUCCCCAUAUUUCCUCAUGUUUGGCAUAGAGCCACAAUUGCCAGUGGAUUUUCUCUUGGGAAGAGUGCCAGACCCAACCCCUGGCACCAUUAAUGACUGGAUGGUGGAGCAUCAGACUCGGCUACGUCAUGCAUAUGAGGGUGUGAACCAACACCUGGUGGCUAAAGCCCAGCUGCGCAAGGAGCUUCAUGAUAAAAAGGUACGGGAUUCCCCUUUUCAGGAAGGCCAGCUGGUUUACCUUAAGGAGACCGGGGUCAGAGGUCGUCAUAAGAUCAAAGAUGUCUGGAGCUCCGUGGUGUAUGAGGUGUUGAGAACCCCGACAGGAGGACCUGUGUAUACCAUUGCACCUAAGGAUGACCCCAGCAAGGUAAAACAUGUUCAUCGCUCCUUGCUGAAGGCUAAAAUGGUUAACGACCGUCCUAUGAGUGAAGUGCAGGCAGAACUCCCUUUCCAAAAGGAGCCUUGGAGUGAUGAACUGCAGACAGAACUCCAUUCCCUAGAGGAGCCGGUGACUGAGGGUGAGUGGUUUAGGUUGGUCCCUUGUUCCAGUUCAACCACCACAGACCCUCACUCUACACCACCACAACCCCCCACAUCCACUCAAGCCAGGCCAGUCUGUCCCUCUGCUGAUCUUGUGGAGGUAGUCCAAACUCCAACAGAUGCAGAGCAUUCCCUAAGGAGGACCACUCGUAUAACGGCCGGAAAACAUCCAAAUCUCCAUCACCUGCCAUAG